CUACUACGAGCUUGUAAUGUAUUCUCAAGCAGAUAAAGCUUAUAGAUCUAUUCCAAUUUAAUAAACAGAAACCGAUGAAUUCGGGGGGCACUGUGGACAAUCGAUGAUCUCGGUCAUGAUAUGUUGCUUGCCCGUCUUCCAGCUGUGUCGAGUUAAUUACAAACAUGUUUGAAACGGAUUCAAUAGGCUGUUGCUACAUUUUAAGCGCGAAUUGGUGCUGGCAAACAUCUAGAUAGCUAAAUCAAGAUACUUCGAUCGCCGGUCCUUAGACUGGUCCGCGCCGGCCCGUCGCUGGGCUCGCGCUCCCCCCGGGCCUCCCCUGCCGCCCUCCUUGACUAUAGCAUGCCUUUGCACGUCCCGUAAUGAUCCAUCAACUGUCUAGUAAUUGAGAUCUGACGCUCAUAGACAUAAACAAGUGCAAAAGGGCGCCUAUAUUACACUCCGUUAUCCUGUCGACACCGCAUGCCUUGCAACUAGAGAGCGUUUCCAUAGGCCUCAGAGCUACGACUCAACCUAACUCUAUUAGGUCAGCCACCAUGGCGGCGUCUUCGCCCCUGGUCCGGCUCAGGCGGCUUGCGCUGCCCCUAGCUCUUGUAGCGCUGUGCGCUGCCGCGGCACAUGGCCAGACGUUGACCUCAGCGUUUCUUACUUCUUCCACAUCAGUUACGGUCACGUUGAGCAACAGCACGGGACCAUCCUCAGACUGUCGCAACGCGUUCUCCUAUUUCGACCUGAACAACGGGACAAAGGCGUCUCCGUUCGCCAACUGCACAGCCAACGGGACCUUCACUGUGCUUCUUACACUUGCCAGCGCUGGCACCUACGCCGCUGGUGACCAGCUGAACAUCAAGGUCAACCAGACCACACUCAAUACCACGGCGGGGGCCCCCUUCGUGGCGGCUGCCGUUGCAGUGGCGGUGCCGCCGGUCGUCGGCGCGGCGACCCUGACGGCCAGCCGCACCGUUGUGGUGAAGCUGCCGCUCUCGGGUAACACCGUGCCUGACAGCUUCGCCACCAACAUGACGGUGUGCGGCGGGGCCGUGGAGCUGCGGGCCGCGGGCGCCAGCGCAGCCAAGGUGGCGCCCUUUGAGGCAUGCAGCCUGGCCGCAGACGUGCUGACCCUGACACUCAAGUCAGCAGGCACCUACGCCCCCGGUGACACAGUCAAUGUGGUGAACGGCCAGUCUACCCUGAGGUUCGGCACCACCGCCUACGCGCCCCUGGCCAGCGGCAGUGUCAUCCGCCCGACCCUCACCUCGGUGUCUCUCAGCAGCACUACCACAAUCCUCAUCGGCACCUCCGGUCCCGCCUCCCUGCCCGGAAAUGCGUCCGCAGCUGUGUGCAAUGCCGUGUUUGACAUUGCGCUUAAGAAUGGCACUGUCCUGCCCGGCGCGCUGUCGGCCUGCUCUGUGGGCCCCGGCGUGACGGCCAUCACCGCCGCCCUAGCCAACGGCACCGCUUACUCGGACGGCAUGACGGUCACGCUCAAGGCCAACCAGACCGCGCUCAAGGCCGGAGACCAGACCGCCGCCGCGCCCCUGUUCGUGCCGCCCACCGCCGCCCUGGCCAUUGCCCCCACCAUCCUGUCUGCGUCGCUGACUGCUGCCGACACCAUCACCGUGGUCCUGCCCGUCGCCAGCUCGCUUGACACGUCGGCCUGCAACAGCGCCUUUGAGCUCCGCGCGGCCGCCUCCUCCACCGCCAAGUCCAGCCCCUUCUCAGCCUGCUCCCUGGCCGUGAACAACACGCAGGCGGUGCUGACCCUGGCCUCCGCCUCCACCUACACCUCGGGCGACAUCCUGGACAUCAAGAGCGGCAACGACAAGCUGCUCGCAGGCAGCACCGCCUACGUGCCCCAGUCGGUCACCGUGCUGCCGACCAUCACCACCGCCACCCUGGUCAGCUCCACGGUCGUGCGCGUGGCUCUGCCCGUCGUGUCCUCCAUCCCCGCCCCCUACUCCGCUGACGACUGCGCGCGCUCCAUUGUUGUCGCCGCCGCCAGCUCCACUGCCGCCAAGGCGAUCUCGGCCUGCGCGCUGUCCGCUGACAAGAAGGCGCUGCUGGUCACGCUGGCCGCCGCCUACCAGCCUGGUGACACCGUGAACGUGCGCACCGGUCAGUGGCAGCUGCGCGCGGGCGCCUCCGUCACCCUGGGCCCCAACUACAUUGCCAGCGCAGCCCCCGCGCCCAUCCUGCCCGGCCUCUCCGCCGCCACCCUCACCAGCGCCACCCAGGUUGUGGUCACACUGCCCGCCGCCAGCAGCGUCCCCGCCACCUUCAGUGUCAGCGACUGCAACGCCGCCGUUGACCUGGUCAGUGCCGCCGGCGCGUCAAAGGACACUCCCUUCGCCGCCUGCGCGCUGGGCUCUGGCAAUGCCACCCUCAUCCUCAACCUGACCGCCAGUGCCUACGCCAUCGGCGACACCGUGAGCGUGAAGGCAUCUCAGACCACCCUCAAGGUGGGCAACACCAGCUACACACCCUACUCCGUGCCCAUCACGCCCGUCCUGCUGCCCACCACCACCGCCGUGCUGGUCAGCGAGACCUCCAUCUCCGUCACCCUGCCCACCGGCUUCAACAGCUACCUGCCUUCCACCGCAAACGCCUCGGACUGCAACGCGGCAUUCGUGCUCGUUUCGGCUACCGGCACCGCCAAGACCGCCCCCUACACCAGCUGCACUGUCUCAGGCACCACCCUGACCCUGGGCGUCGCCGCCGGUACCUACGCCGCCGGUGACUCGGUCAACGUCAAGACCGGCAACUCGCUGUUCCUGGGCGCCUCCUCGACUGGCCCCGCCUACGUCCCCGCCGUCAAUGCCACCCAGAUCACACCCACCAUUGUGGCGGCCUCGCUGGUUAGCACCACCAAUGUGUUUGUGACGCUGUCCGCCGCCGCCUCGCCCUCGGCCUUCAAUGGCACCCUGUGCAACGACGCGCUGGAGGUGACGGGCGGCUCAGCCACCGUGUUCCUUAACUGCACCCUCACCUCGGACGGCAAGGGCAUCAACCUGCUGCUCUCCACCGCAAGCUCCGUCUCGACCUCCAACACCAUCAACGUCAAGGCCAGCCAGACCAUGCUCAAGGCUGCCGGCAGCGACGCCGCCUCCAGCCCCGCCUUUGCGCGCCUCGGAUCGCCCAUCGCCGUGGCCGAUGCCCGCCUGAACGCCGCCUUCCUCACCAGCGCCAGCACCAUCGUGGCCAAGCUGGGCGCCCGCGCCGUGGCCUCGGAUGGCUUCUCCUGCAACUCGGUGUUUGCGCUGCUCAUGACCAACGGCAGUGUGCGCGCCAGCUCGCCCUUCACGGCCUGCACGCUCAGCACGGACGGCCUGACGGCGACCCUCACCACCACCACCUACGUGUCCAACGACCGCCUCAACGUGCGCUCCUCCAACACCAUCAUGACCGUGCUCGCCGCCACCGGCCCCAACUACCCCAACGUCAGCGCUGAUGCCAGCGCUGUGACCAUCAACCCCGCCAUCAGCUCGGCCAUGGCCACCUCAGCCACCACCGUCAUCGUGCCCCUGCCCAUUGCCAGCAACCUUGCCGGCGCCUGCUCGGGUGCGCUGGAGGUCAAGAGCUCGGGCGGCACGUCCAAGACCGUGGACAGCUGCACGCUGAACACGGCCAAGACGCAGCUGACCGUGACCCUCAACUCGGGCACGCCCUUUGCCCAGGGUGACACCAUCGCCAUCCUGUCCGCUAACACCGGCCUAACCGCCACUGACGCCUCUGGUGCCCCCUACCGCCCCGUCACCGGUGCCUCCGCCAUCACCAUUGCGCCCACCGUGGGCACCGCUCAGGCCAUCUCCUCCACCACCAUCACCGUCGUGCUGCCGGCCACCACCAACGCUGCCAGUACGCUGACCGCCGACGCCUGCGCCUCCGCCAUUGACGUGUCCGGCAAGUCGUUCUCCAGCUGCACCAUCAGCGGCACCACCCUGACCAUUGUGCUGGCCGGCACCUACGCCGCCAGCGACAGGAUCAAUGUCAAGGCCGACCAGAAGGUGCUGCGCCUGGGCACCGGCGCCUCGGCCGCCUACUACGUGCCGCUGCCCUCUUCGGCUGCCGUCAUCCCCACCAUUGCCAGCGCCAAGGCCAUCUCGCGCUCGGUGAUCAUCGCCACCCUGCCGGUGGGCAGCACCUUUGUGAGCGGCGCCAACGCCUCGGUGGCCGUGGCGGACCAGACCCUGUGCGCCGCCGCGCUGUCGGUUGUCUCCACCCUGCUCACGGACGCGGGCGCCUGCAACCUGACCUCCUCCACCAGCCUGCGCAUCACCCUGGCCGCCGCCACCUACAACCCCGGCGACGCCAUCACUGUCGCGGACGCCCAGACCGCGCUGUACGCCGGCACUGGUCUGGUGUCGGGCCAGACCUACCAGAACCGCGCGCUCAAGAUCAGCCCCGCCUACCUGCUGAGCACUGUGGUCGCCACCGCCUCGGACACCAUUGUGGUGACUCUCCCCGUGGAGAGCACCGUGUUCGACAGCACCGGCACCCAGAUCACCGCCGACCUGACCGGCGACCAGUGCGCCUCCAUUGUGGAGGUCAAGGCCGGCACCACCGCCAAGAAGUUUGCCUCCUGCGCCGUUAGCGGUGUCAGCUCCGGCCGCGGCACUGUGCUCACGGUCAAGCUCCUGGGCAACACCACGGACGUGUACGCCUCGGGCGACACCUUCAACUUCAAGGACACCAACGCCCUGCUGCUGGCCGGCACCACCAGCGCCGCCGUGGCCUACGCCGCGCUCCCCACCGCCGCCACCAUCGCGCCCACCAUUGUGUCGGCCGUGGCCCUCACCGCCGACACCAUCCGCAUCACGUUGCCCUCCGCCAGCGGCUUUAUGGUCAGCGGCGCCGCCUCCACCACCAUCGCCGCCGCCAACUGCGACUUCCUGGUGUUCAACCCCGUGCGCACCGCCAAGACCGACACCGCCUGCAACAUCACCGGCUCCACGCUUACCAUCACCCUCAACACCGCCAUCACCGGCACCACCACCGUCAACAUCGUGACGAGCCAGACCAAGCUGGUGGCCGGCACCGGCACCUCCGGCCCCGCCUUCGUGCCGGCCGGCUCCCCUAUCGCCAUCAGCCCCGGCUUCCUGACCUCACCCGCUGUGGCGCGCUCGCUGACGCAGCUGGUCGUGUCGCUGCCCUUCACCUCCAACGUGGGCGCCAGCGCCUCUUGGACCGGCACCCAGGCGCAGUGCAACAGCGUCGUUGAGGUGCUGGCCGGCGGCGUCGAGGGCAGCCUGCGCACCCUGCACGCCACCACCAACCCCUGCGUGCUGUCGGGCGGCAACGUGCUCACGCUCAACCUGGCCGCCACGGACUCCUUUGCGCCCGGCGACACCGUGCGCAUCAAGAGCGGCAACACACGCCUGCUGAUGGACACGGCCGGCACCGCGCCCUACGUGCAGGGCACCGCUGUGCCCAUCACCCUGGGCGCCGUUACCUCGGCCGUGGCCACCAAGGACACGGAGAUUGUGGUGACGCUGCCCAUGACCGUCGCCCUGGUCAAGGCCGGCGCGGCUGUGACCCAGCUGGGCAAGACUGAUUGCCUGCUUGUCGUGACUCUGGCUGGCACCAUUGCUGACGUGGCCACCGCCUGCGUGCUCACCGGCGGCAACAAGCUCACCAUCACCACCACCGGCUCCUACACGCCCGGCACCACCACCGUGCAGUUCGGCAACACUGACGCCUCCGUCAAGCUGCUCACCGGCGCUGGCCUCACCGGCCCCGCCGUGGUGGCGCUUUCGAGUGUUCAGUCCGUCAAUCCCGGCUACAUCAGCUCGGCCGCCACCAGCACUGCCAGCCAGUUUGUCAUCACGCUGCCCCAGCAGAUUGGCGCCACCGGCACCAUUACGCAGGUGAACUGCGACGCCGCUCUGGAGGUGCUGCAGGCCAACGGCACCACCCGCGUGCUCAGCGGCGACUGCACACGCACCACCAGUGGUGGUGUCUCCACCAUUACUGUGCCGCUCACCACCAACAUUGCCAUCGGCGACACGGUGCGCAUUAAGGCUUCAUCUUCUGGCAUCACUACCGCCACUGGCAGCCUGCAGUACGCGGCCACCGCCGCCGUGCCGAUCCAGCCCGGCCACGUGAGCUACGCCGCCGCCAUCGCAACCGACAAGUUUGUUGUGACGCUGCCCUAUGCCAGCACCCUGGCCGCGGGCGCGGUGUGCUCGGACACCGUCAACGUCAAGAGUGACACUAACGCCAACGUGGAGACUGGCUGCACUCUGUCGCUGGAUUCCACCGGCAUCUACCUCACCGUGGACCUGGCCGACACCAACACCCUGGUGGCCACCUUCAAGGUGACCUUCAAGUCGGCCCAGACCGCCCUGACCGUGGGCACCACCAAGUGGGCGCCGCUCAGCGCGGGCGUGUACUCUCUGGACAGCGCCACCUGGGGCACCUCUGUGAUGAAGGUGGUGGCCGUGUCCUCCACCGUCAUCGAGGUCACGCUGCCCAUGGUCAGCUACCUGGGCGAGCUGAGCGCCACCGCCUGCGGCCAGGUCAUCACCGUCGCCGGCAACACCCUGGCCAGCUCGGGCACCGCCUGCAAGCUCAUCAGCACCCCCACCGGCACCAACAACAUCAUGCAGGUCACGCUGCAGUCUGCCUACGUGGCCGGCGGCCUGCAGCUCACCAACACCGGCGGCGCGCUCAAGGCCGGCAGCUCCACCGGCACAGCCUACGGCGCUGUGGCCGCCGUGACCAUCAAGCCCACCUUCGCGUCCGCCGUCGCCACCGGCCUGCGCACCGUCGUGGUGACGCUGCCCGCCACCAGCACGGUUUACAAGCUCACGCCCACCUGCACGGGCACCGGUGCUUCCGGCGCCUGCUCCACGGGCACCCCCACGUGCGCGUCUGGCUCCCCCGCCUGCUCUGACGGCACCGGCACCUACAGCUGCACGUCCUCGACACCUUCGACUUGCGCUGAUCCGACAACCAGUUGUGCCUUUGGCACCAAGACCUGCGCUCAGACGGAUGGGUCAUUCGAUGCAACUCAGCUCACGUGUACAACAGCUGUGGCGGGUUCUAUGAGUGCUGGGUGCGCAGCUGGAACCGCCGUGUGCUUCGACCAGGCCAGUACUACUGCAGCCCAGUGCGCUAGUACUGCUACCACGGACCUCAGUCCCGCUUGCACUGUCGCGAACGUCAAUACUCCAACAUGUGUGGGUGGCAGUGUGACUAGCGCUGAUGCGUGCCUCACGUAUGCCGGCUCGCCCAUCUCGCCCGUCUGCACUGGAGGUGCCUUCGCCUGUGCGGCUGCGGCCGGCCCGAUGUGCGUGCAGAGCGCCACGCCAGUGUGCCCCUCCACGUUCUCGUCCAGCUGCAGCAGUGGAUCACCUUCUUGCACUCAGACGGCUGGCUUGACUACUCCUGGCUGCACCAGCGGUGGCACCCUCACUUGCAGCAAGACGGCUACCUGCGACGCGGAAGCCGCCACGCCCACGUGCGCCCAGGUGUUUGCCACUUUCACCGGCGGCGCGUCCGUCACCACCUGCACCAACCCUAGCAGCGACUCCACCCAACCCAUCACCACCACGCUCACGCUGGGCGCUGACUGGGCCCUGGGCGACAAGCUCACGGUGAACGCGGCGCAGGCCACCACCACCGCCACUUCUUACCUCAAGGCCGGCACCGCCACCGGCCUGGUGUACACCUCCAAGCCCAGCGGCGACGUGGUCAUCUACCCCUCCAUCACCCUGGCCGUGCUCACCAGCAGCAAGACCAUCACCGUCACACUGCCUGUGGCCGCCUCCGUGCCCAGCACCGGCCUGAGCGCCGCCGACUGCAACAACAUCUUCACGCUGUACGCUGGCGCCACUGCCAAGUCGAAUGUCUUUGCCGGCUGCUCGCUCGCCGCGGACAAGGUGACCUUUACGCUGACGCUGGUGGCUGCUGCUUCGGCCACGGCCACCACCACCACCUACGCCGCGGGCGACUUCAUCAACAUCAAGUCCGGCCAGAGCCUGCUCAAGGCCGACUCGACCACCGCCGCCAACCGCCUGGCCUUCGCGCCGCAUCCCGACGGUCUGCCCGUCGUGGCCACGAUCGUGUCGGCCGUGGUCACCGCAGGCGUUGGCUCUGGCACGGGUAUUGUCCGCGUGCAGCUCCCCAUCGCCAGUGACCUGGCCAAGGCGGACUGCGACAACACGGACAUCGGUGUCCUCGACAAUGCGGGAACUGCCCAGGCCCUUGCCGGCACCGGCGGUUGCGCGCUGAGCACCGACAAGACCGUGCUGACCAUCACGCUGGCCGGCUCCGUCACCGCGUCUUGGUUCACCACCUCGCCCUACAUGCGUGUGCGCAUCCUGUCCCAGGCCACCCUGGGCCUCAAGGCCGGCAGCUCAUCCGGCUACGCCUACAUCACCACCGACACCAGCGUGCUCGCCACCGUGCGCGCAUUCGACGUGGCGUCGGCCACACCGCAGAGCAUCGUGUCGGCCACGGCUGUGGGCCCCACCCGGCUGGAGCUGGCGCUGCCCGCCGUCACCACCAUCAACCCCGCCAACGGCUGCCCCAGCUCCCUGACGCUGAGCCGCACCUUGUCCAACUGCAGCCUGGACGACACCGGCAAGCUGCUGACCGUCUUCACCACCGCCGCCUACCAGUCCGCGGACACGGUGCAGGUGGUGGCCAGCCAGGCGCUCAAGUACAUGGCGGGCGACACCGCCACCUCCUACCCCGCCCUGGGUUCGGCGCUGACCAUCGCGCCCGCCAUUGUGUCGGCGUACACCGUGGACGCCUCCACCAUCGCCGUGACGCUGCCGGUUGCCAGUAGCUUCUAUGUUACCACUACCCGCACUGCCACUCUUGACGCCGUGGACUGCGACAAGAUUAUCACCGUGCUCAAGGCCGGCGUGGUCAACGGCGCCGGCGCCAUUGCGUCAGCUGGCAACCGCCGCACUCUGCUCACCACCGGCGCGUGCACGCUGGGCACCGCCUCGGCGGGCGGCACGACCAUCACCGUCAAGCUGAGCGGCGCUAUCUAUGACGCCGGCGACGCUGUCGACAUCCCCGACACCAAUGCCGGCCUCAACGGCGCGACCGCCACGUCUAACCCGCUGUACGCUGACUCCAACUCUGGGCCCAAGUACGUGGCCCGCCGCAGCCCGGUGGUCAUUGAGCCGCGCCUGGUGUCUGCCUCCGCCGUGGGCGCCCAGUCGGUGGAGGUGGUCCUGCCCGCCGCCAGCGCCAUCAUCGACAGCAGCAACGCCGUGGUGGCCACGCCCAGCUCCUCGCAGUGCGCCGCCAUCGCCGUCGUCAGCGGCAAGACCGUCACCUCGUGCUCGCUGUCGACCGACGGCCUGACGCUGACGCUGGGCCUGAGCGCCACCUUCGCGCCCGGCGACACCGUCAACAUCGUGUCGGGCCAGACCAUGCUGCGCGUGUGGAAGGCCAGUGUGGGCGCCGGCUACGAGGCGUUCGGCCCCGUGUACACGCCCUCGGCCGCCGCGCUGGCCAUCACUAUUGGCUACUUCGUGUCUGCCUACGCGCCCGACACUCAGACUGUGGUCAUCACGCUGCCGUUCACUGCCAAGCUGUACGACUACGCGCCCGCCACUGGCGCCUCCACCGCUGAGAUCACGCGCACCGCCACCGCCCCCACCAAGGGCAACUGCGACUCCAUCGUGCGCAUCGCCUCCCGCACGCUGGCCUCCACGCCCGCCGCCCUGACCGACCCCACCUGCACGCUCAGCGGCACCACCCUGACCGUCAAGCUGGCCUCCACCACACUGUCCGCUGGUGACCAGGCGUUCUUCGGCUCGGGCACUGACGCAAUCCUGCGCGGCGUGGCCACCGGCACCGUGGGCCUGACCUCCACCACCUAUCUCACCACAGCUGCCACCACCGCCACCACCGGCGCCGUGACCAUCCAUCCUUCGGUCACCUCGGCCAUCGCGACGGACUCGACCACCAUCAAGGUCACGCUUCCCUUCAACGCCUGGAUUCACGCCUCCAUCACCUCCCUCAACGCCUCCGACUGCGGCAACCUCCUCACCUUUACGCCCGCCAAGACGCUGGCAGCCGCCAGCUCCUGCUCCUUCGCCAGCAACGUCAUCACCGUGAAGCUUUCGGGCGACGGCACCUCGGGCACCUUUGCCAGCGGUGACACCGUCAACAUUGCCGCUGCCAAUGCCGCCACGCUGACCUACCCGCUGCGCGCCGGCAGCUCCAGUGGCCCCCUAUACGGCCCCGGCGCCGCAGUCACCAUCGUGCCCAAGAUCGCCGCCGCCCAGGCCAUUGCGCCGCUGACGGUGGAGAUCACGCUUUCGGCCCCCAGCUACCUGCCGGACGCCCUGACGCAGACGGAGUGUGCCGCGCUGCUGACGUUCACGCCCUCCAAGACGCUGUUCGCUACCACGCCCUGCGCCCUGGACUCUACCAAGACCGUCCUCACCGUCAAGCUGGCGUCUGGCUCGGAGUUUGCCAACGGCGACCAGGUCAACAUCCACGCCACCACCAACACGGGCACCAAGGCCCUGCGCGCUGGCUCCGACGUCACCGGUCUGCUGUACACGGCUUCGGACUCGCCCAUCGACAUCAACCCCGCCAUCCAGAGCGCCGCCGCCACCUCGGCCACCUCCAUUGCCGUGACCCUGCCUGUGGGCAGCACGCUCUACGUCUCGGGCGCCACCGCCUCCAUCUCGGCCGCUGACUGCGCCAAGGUGCUGGAGGUCAAGCGCGGCACCGCCGCCCUCACCCUGGAAUCGUCCGCGGCUUGCGCCAUCGCCACCAGCGGUUCCAGCACCACCCUCACCGUCACGCUGGCCAGCGGCCAGGCCUUCGCUGCGGGCGACACCGUCAACAUCGUGGCCGCCAACAGCGCCGGCACCACCACCACGGCUGUGCUGCAGGCCACCAACGGCGGCAGCGGCAAGAAGUACGUGGCCCGCCGCAGCGCUGUGGUCAUUGCUCCCGGCUACCUGGGCGGCGUGCCCGCCACCGGCAUGGCCUACGCGGUCGGCACCAGCACCCUCAUGGUGCAGCUGCCGGUGGUCAGCUCCAUCGCUGCCGACAACAACUGCGCCAACGUGGUCACCGUGCAGAAGAUUGCCACCCCUGCCACCGCCCGCACCGUCACCGGCGCCUGCACCGUGUCCUCCUCCCAGGGCGCUGGCUACUACCUGAUCGUCAACGCACCCUACACGCCGGGCGAUGAGAUCCUGAUCAAGACCGGCAACACGGCCCUGGUCGGCGGCUCCGACCCCGCCACCGGCGCUCCCUACGUGGCCACCACCGCGCUGCCCAUCCGCGCAAACUUUGACGACGCCAUCCUGACCGCCCCCACCACCGUGCUGGUCACCCUGGCCGCGCCCACCGCCGUUUCGCUGCCCGACAAGGAGGCCUGCGAUGCCGUGUUUGUGUUCAGCGGCGCCGGCAACACCACCAAGACCACCAGCCCCAUCGCCAGCUGCUCGCGCGCCUCGGACGGCCUGUCUGUCACCAUCACCCUGACCUCGGCCGACGCCUACGUGCCGGGUGAUGCGCUGGACAUCAAGAAGAACCAGGCUGCCGCCACUGUCGGCUCCGCCUCUGACACCCCUAGCACCCUGACAACCCUGGUGCCGCUGCCGGUGCCCACCACCAUCUCGCCGCGCCCCUUCGGCGCCGCCGCCACCCUGGUUGCCCCCACCUCGGUCGCCUUCAGCCUGCCGGCGGUCAGCUCCCUGCCCGCCGCCACGGCUGCUGCCGACUGCAACGCCGCAGUGCGCUACACGGAUGUGGCGGGUGUGGACGCCGUCAACCCCUUCACCAGCUGCGCCCUCACGCCCGACACCAAGGGCGUGGCGCUCAACACCGCCAGCCCCAUCUACAAGGCCGGCGACGUGAUGAACAUCAAGUGGACCAACACUGUCCUGCGCUGGGGCCCCCAGGCCAGCGGUGCCGCCUACUACCCCGCUGACGCCGACGUGCCGGUCUUCGCCACCGUGGCCACCGCCACCCUGGUUGACCCCUCGACUGUGGUGGUCAACCUGCCCGCGCCUUCGGCCGUUCCUGACAACUUCACCGUCCCCGACUGCCUGCGCGCCAUUGAGUUCAAGACGGCUGCGGGCGUGACCAAGAACGGCACCGUGGCGUCCUGCAUGCUGAUGCCCGACCGCCUGGGCCUGCAGGUGAAGCUGCUGUCGGCUGGCAACUUCAGCGCCGGCGACACCGUCAACAUCAAGCCCCAGCAGGCUGAGCUGCGCGUGUCCGCGCUGGCCACCGGCCCCAGCUACGUGCCCAAGCUGGCGGCGCAGGUGGUGAACCCCGCGUUGUUCGCCAACGCCAACCUGACCUCCGCCACCGCCAUCACCGUGCGCCUGCCCUUCGCCAGCACCCUGGCCACUGGUGCCGACUGCAAGGCGGUGCUGGCGCUGCUGGGUGCGGGUGGCGUGGCCAAGAACGUGAGCAGCUGCAGCCUGGGCGCCGACGGCGUGACGCUGGCGGUGACCAUCCCCGCGGCCUCGUUUGUGGGCGGCGAUGUGCUCAACAUCGUGCCCGGCCAGAGGGCCCUGACCCUGGCUGACGGCACCACCGCCUACGUGCCCUCCAAGGCCGGCGUGCUGGUCACCCCCAACAUCGUGUCCGCCACGCUCACCAACGCCACCAUCGUCACCGUCGCCCUGCCCACCGCCUCGGUCCUCACCAGCACCGCUGCCGCCGACUGCAAUGCCGCCGUGGUCAUUGCCCGCAACGGCAGCGCCGUCGCCAGCCCUCUGUCGGCCUGCGCCGUCAGCGCCGACGGCCUGAGCCUCACGCUCACCGCCGCCGCCACCUACAAGCCCAUGUCUGGUGACACGGUGGAUGUGGCUGUCAGCCAGACCGUGCUGCGUGCCGGCAGUGCCACCGGCCCGGCCUACGUGCCCCGCCCCUCGCCCGCGCUCAUCACCGUGCCCUCGCCCCCGCCCUCGCCUCCCCCGUCGCCCGCGCCCUCGCCUCCCCCCUCGCCGCCGCUGUCGACCGCCAACUACUCGGCCCGCGGUCUGGCCACCGGCCCGCUGUCCUGCAACGUGCUGAUUGGCGACCUCACCGUCACCACCACCUCGGGCAACUUCACCGGUAUGGCCAGCUACGCCGGCAAGGACGCCUCCUACAAGGGCUCUUGCAAGGACGCGGUCACCGGCGCCGUGUACACGGACGACACGGUGGCCUCCACGCUGCCCGCCGGCCUGACCGGCCUGGUCCUGUCGCCCGUGACCGCGCUGGCCUCGGUGUGGGACCUGAAGAGCGUGGCCGACCUGGCCAAUACCAACAAGGACUACCUGCGCCUGUUGGGCGUGCCCGUCAACGCCUCCGCCUACGGCACCGCUGUCCAGCUGCUGGCCUACGACUACUACGUCAAGGGCUUUGUGGCGCUGGAGACGCCGGCCGUGGCGGUGCUGAACGUGGAGGGCAUGGUGGCCGCCAACCUGCUCAUGUACACCAAGUUCUUUGACGGCCUGAACGCCUCCGUGGCCGGCCGCGACAUCACCGCCGCACAGGCCCUGGCCGCGGGUCAGUACGCACUGGCGGCCGUCCUGGAGGACAGCUCCGCGCCCAUCAACACCACCGACCCCGCCAGCAUCCUGGCGCUGCUCAACGUCACCUACAGCGUCCUCACCGCCAACGCCACCAGCGCCGGCCGCCGCCUGCUGCAGACGGCGCCCGCCCCGUUCACCCAGCUGCAGGCGCAGGCCACCGCCCUGGCCGCCGCCGCCGCCGGCAGCAACGCGCUGGUGGCUGCCCAGCAGGCCAGGCUGAUUACCGCCAUCAACGCCGGCACCAGCAUCUCGGCGGCCGAACUGACCAACAUCAUCAAUGAGGCCAGCAAGGUCAUUGUCGCGCAGUCGACCGUCAUUGCCACCGCCGCCAGCGGCCUAGGCAGCGGCGCCAUCAGCCCCGCGUCCUUCACCAGCAGCUACACCGGCUCCGCCCUCACCACCCUGGUGGCGCAGCAGCAGCUGGCGGCCACGCCCGGCAGCGACGUGACCGCCGGCCCCGCGCCGUCGCCUCCCUCGGACAAGAAGAAGAGCAACACGGGCCUGAUUGUGGGUCUGGUGGUGGGUCUGGUGGGCGGCGCCAUCGUCAUCACCCUCAUCGUGGUGUUCAUUGUCAUGCGCCGCCGCAAGCAGAACGUGGCGGCGGCGGGCCAGGCCACCGCCUAAUAAGGCGUGGCACGAUGUGGGACUCUAAAAUAAAUCAGGUUUCUGCAUCUGAUAACCUAGGGGAGCGGGUAGAGUGAUCUCGGAUGCAAGAGGCAUUCUCCGUAUAUAGAUGUUAUCAGAGUUUUAACUGUGGUGAAGGUCUCGAGAUGGACGACGAAAAUGUGUCUUCCACAUUCAUCAUACAGCAAUUCAUGACCAAGAAAUAGCAACUGACCGCACUGUCAUUCGAUGCGCAAGCGCGAGUUUGUGCAUCCGAAGGCUUCGUGGUAUCCUACAUAGCCCCAUCAGGGCAUUUGUGUAAAUGCAAGGUGUG